CUGUUUCCCUUCCCCUGCGCGGAAGAUGGCGGCGCCCGGCUCGCUCCUGGCCUGGUGCGUCCAGCACCUGCGCGGAGACUUCGGGCUGGAUGUGGGCGAGGAGGUGGUGAGGUACAUCUUGUCAAUAACAAAUGAGGACGAGAUCCGGGAGUACGUCGUUGACCUUAUUCAGGGGACUGAUGGGAAGAAGAGUCGCUUUUUAGAAGAACUCCUGGCCAGGUGGCGGAAAUCCUCCCAGCUGCCGUCUGAGCCUUUGCCAGCGUAUCGGAAAAAGGAUGAGACUUCGGAAGUGCCUCGGGCUGGAGACCAAGCAAAAAAGGGUAAGCGCAAAGGAAGGAACAAGCAGGAGACACCUGCGUAUGCUGAGCCAAGUGCACAUGUAGAGGAAGUAAAAACCCCCCUCGACCUGGCCAAGGCACAGGAGAACAGCGGUGGAGUCGGCAGCAGUAGCAAUUCCUCUAAGAAGAAGACCAAAUAUGUCAGCCUGUAUACCAAGGAGGGGCAAGACAAACUGGCUGUCCUGAUCCCUGGGCGUCAUGCCUGCGAGUGCCUGGGCCAGAAGCAUAAGCUUAUCAACAACUGCCUGGUUUGUGGGCGCAUUGUCUGCGAGCAGGAGGGCUCUGGACCCUGCUUGUUCUGUGGUGCUCUGGUGUGCACUAAAGAAGAGCAGGACAUUCUUCAACGGGACUCAAACAAGAGCCAGAAGUUGCUGAAGAAGCUCAUGGCAGGUGCUGAAAGUUCAGGGAAUUUGGAUGCCAUAAGCAAAGACUUACUUCCUCGACAAGAAGCUAGACUCAAAGCAGGCCUGGAGAUGGCUGUGAAACACAAAGACAAGUUGUUGGAAUUUGACAGGACAAGCGUGCGUCGAACCCAGGUCAUUGACGAUGAAUCAGAUUACUUUGCCACGGACUCCAACCAGUGGCUCUCCAAGCAGGAAAGGGAAGCCCUCCAGAAGAGAGAGCAGGAACUGCGGGAGCUGCGUCACGCCUCUCGGCUUACCAAAAAAAUCACCAUUGACUUUGCUGGCAGGCAGAUCCUGGAGGAAGACGACAGCAUGGCUGAAUACCACAGCAGACUGGAUGAAACCAUCGAAGCCAUUAAUUGUGGCACGCUGAGCAAGCCAGCCGGGAGCCCAGAAGCAAAGAUGACUCUGAAUUCUGGUGUUUUAGUGAAUCCCCGUCUUCUUCAGCCUGCUCCUUUGUGGGUGGACCAAACUGGUUUGCUCCCACACAGGAAAGCCAUCCAUUUGAUGGGCGCUGGAAAUGAGUCUGGCUCAGAGCGGAACAGGUUGCGGAUUCAGGAUCGAGAGUUGCAGGAGAUCUCAGAUGACGGUUGGUGCCUCAGCAUGCAUCAGCCUUGGGCUUCCUUGCUCAUAAGAGGAAUCAAAAGGGUGGAGGGCAGGACCUGGUACACAUCUCAUAGAGGGCGGUUAUGGAUUGCAGCUACUGCUAAGCGACCUUCCCCUCAGGAAAUCUCUGAACUGGAGACCACCUACAGAAUGCUGCUCCGGAAAGAUGUGGAAUUUCCAAGCGAUUAUCCGUCAGGGUGCCUCCUAGGCUGUGUGGACAUGACUGAUUGCUUAUCGCUAGAGCAAUUUAAUGAGCAGUAUCCAGAUCUGAGCCAGGAGUCCGGAUCUCCAUUUGUCUUUAUCUGCACUAAUCCCCAGGAGAUGGUUGUGAAGUUUCCCAUCAAAGGAAAACCCAAAAUCUGCUCUCUCAUGGCCCUUCACUGCCACACCUGCCUCCACCCGGCCCGUGGUUAGGAGGAGAGCUGCCACCGGCAGCUGAAGGGGAAGCUGCCACGCGGUGUGAGCGCAGGGCGGCCGGCUUCUGCACGUCUGCCUUGCCGGGUGCAGGUGCUGCCGGUCCCCUCCCCAUCUGUCACAUCAUCUCCUUUGUGUUGUGACACUUUCCUGCUUGGAGAAGGAUCAGUCUAACAGCCUGGAAGGAAGCCGGCUGUGCUGGCGGCUGCCUGCGCUGCCCGCUCCUGCUGCUGGCCCUGCCUUUCCUGCCCUCCAUCCCGACAGGAGCUGUCACGAGAGCAGCGGCGGGGGAGACUGUGGAGUUGUACGUUCCCUUCCCGGAGGGGACGUCAUCUGUCUGGGUGAUAUUUGUGACAGCCUAGGGAAGGAGCAGGGAAGCCUUUGACCUUUCACUGGGGUAAGGCACUGUUUUAAUAGGAGUUGGCAUUACAUCCGAGGCAGUCAAAAGCUUAAUUCUCCAGGCUGGAAGCAGAGCAGGGGGAAGGUGCCGGCUCACGUCCCCACCUGAGCUUGCUGGCUGCCCUGGUCUCCUUGAAGCCUGGCUCCAGCCAUGACAAAAUGCCAGUUUGUCUUGUUGGGAAGCCAAGCCAGAGCGGUUUUCCUUGCCAGAUAACAGCAUGGACCUCGCCACGAUGACAUCUGAAUGCUUCUCCGUUGCAAAUUAGUUGUUUCUAGCAGCCUGGGGACGGGAAAAAAAAAGUAACAUAGUUUGACUUUUGCUGCCAGGGUUAUUGUUUGUGUGGAAGGGACGGGCACUGUGUUGGUAUUGCAUCUGGGAGCAUGGCUUUCCCCAAACACAUCCCUGCUUAGUUUUAGUGCGUGCGGACAAAGCUCGGUGGUGGUUCUCAUGGGAGAUUUCCUUGAAUCAGGGCAGAGCUUCCCUGAAGCCUCCCUCGAGCAUUGCUGAGAAACCUCCCUUCAACAGCCAGUGGCUGGAAGAGCGUGGAGAAGCAGGCAAAGGGACACGUCGCAAUGUGAGACGAGAGUCCUUAAAUCAUUGAGUGGAAAGAGAAGGGGACCCUGGGGCUGUGGCCUUAUUUUUAGCCUUUUCCUAAAGGUUACCUAGCUGAUGCUUUGUUUGCCAGCUGGUAGAGCAGAGGAGCCUCCUGAUCGCUUUUGGGGUCCAGGAGGAGCAGGCAGGCGUGUUAAAUACGAAGCUUACAGCCCUGGAGGUGACACGGUGGUGGUGGUGGGGGACCAGAGCAUGGAGCGAGUGUGAACUUGCUGCCUUUCUCCUGCCAAAAACCCCACAGCUUGGCGACACGGCAGUCUGACACGCUGCUUCCGGACAGUCUGGCUGUGCUGGCUCAGCCUUGUUGGGUGCCCGUUGCUGUUUCCAGCCAUUGCAAGGAGGGAACUUCUUCCCCAUCCUUAGGCAGGUGGGGAAAGUCUUCUCCCACAUAGGGUGGCAGAGGGGAUGGUGGAUCUCCCAGACCUUGUAGGGGACCAUCUUCCAAACUCCGUGGGCUCAGAGUGAGAACACUGUCUGAAAACAGAUGCUCCAAGAAAUGCCCUGUUUUGCCCUUUCGCUUGGCCUCAGUUUUAAUUUACUCAUUUGUGAUGGUGGAAGACUUUUGCAGACAGCCUUUUGUGUCCCGUGGGCUGCAGGUUGGCAACUGCUGCACCAAGACAUUGGCAGUGUCUGGUUCCUGCUCCCAAUUUCGACCUGACUGGAGUCAUGUUUCAGUUUGCGGAUCUAU